AUGCAUCACGGCCGACAGGCUCAGCCUCGACCCUCGCCCAACGUCCAGGCUCCAAAACAAGUCGCAAAUCCAACAUCUUUUGGCCCGGAAACGAUGCCCGUCGUCCCUAUCCAGAUCCUGACCCCUCACACAGUGUGGAGCGUCUCCCUCCCCGGACCCCCGGCCCGGCCCAACCGCUGCCCUGCCCGCAUUAGCCUCUUUGAGGCGACGAGGAAUGGCUCAAGCGAGACGUGCCAAAGUGGGAACCUGGGGAGCGCAAUGAGACAAGGGCAACGAGUUGACGCUGUAACGAGCUCGACCGCCCAGAUACCACCAGCGCAGUCUCUGCGUGGGUGUUGCGAGUUGCAGGGGGGACCAAGAGAGAGUGGUGCUGGUCCAAAGAAGCUGUUGACAAGCAACCACAUAGACGGGCACUUGGAUCAUAGCUUCAUUGACUAUAUUGUGCCUCGGGAUGCCCCCAGCGAGACGCCAGACCACGUGGGCUUGCUCUAG